CACACUCACAUAGGUACAUACACACUCCUGCAACCUCUGCAGUGAGUCCAUACACAUCAGGACAACACCUCCAGCUCCCCCUUCAUGGUGUACGUGGUCCAGCUCUGAGAGAGAGAGAGAGAGAGAGAGAGAGAGAGAGAGAGAGAGGGUGAGUCUAUUUUUGGGAAUGUGCUGAGUAGUGGAUGGAUAGGUAAAUUUCAGGGAAAGUCAGUGUGCACUGUGUGUGUGUGCAGCUCCUCUCUCGGCAGCAGCAGCAGCCACCUUUCUCUUUCUGCUCAACGACCCUUCAAAAAAUGGAUGGCGUAGAGGUGUUCCCGGCCGGAGAGAAAGGCCGCGGCCUCCGGACCACCAAGCAGAUGAAGACUGGUGAGGUGGUGUUCACGGAGUCUAGCUAUGCUGCUGUGGUCUUUGACAGUAUCUUCAUGCACGUGUGUCACAGCUGCUUCCGCAGACAGGUUAAUCCACACCGUUGUGCCCAGUGCAAGUUUGCCCACUACUGUGACCGCACAUGUCAGAGAGCUGCCUGGGAAGAGCACAAGCAUGAGUGUGCUGCCAUCAGACAAAAAGGCAAGGCACCCAAUGAGAAUGUGCGUCUGGUGGCCCGAGCUCUGUGGCGCACACAGAAGCACAAAGGAAAAGUCUUUGACACACAGCUAACAACUCUGGACCUCUUGGAGGACCACAUCUCUUCAAUGUCCCCAGAGGACCUUGAGCAGCUCAAAAAGGAUGUUGACAACUUCCAGGACUACUGGAAAGGAAACAAAAAGCAGUAUAGCACAGACUACGUCUCACAUAUCUUCGGUGUGAUCAACUGCAAUGCCUUCACUAUGAGUGACCAGCGUGGAAUCCAGGCAGUCGGUGUGGGCCUUUUUCCUAACCUCUGUUUGGUCAACCAUGACUGCUGGCCCAACUGUACUGUCAUCCUCAAUCAUGGCAGUCAGACAGCUCUGGAUACAGCAUUGCACUCUCAGAGGAGGAUUGAGCUGCGCGCCUUAGAAAAUAUCCCAGAAGGCGUUGAGCUUACAGUCAGCUAUGUGGAUUUCUUAAACUUAUCCAAGGAUCGUCAGAAGCUGCUCAAAAAGCAGUAUUAUUUUGACUGCAAGUGCGAACACUGCAGUGGUGGCAUCAAGGAUGAACUCAUGAUGGCGGUUAAAGAGACCGAUGGCAAAAAGCCUUCAGCAGAGCUGGUGAAGGAGGUCAUGGACUUUAGUGUGGAGGCCUUGGCCAAAAUUGAACAAGCUCGUGUUGAGGGAAACUUUCAUGAGGUUGUUAAAAUCUGCCGUGAGUGCUUGAAAAAGCAGGAACCAGUGCUGGCUGAGACGAACCUCUACCUGCUGCGUGUGUUUAAGGUGAUCAGUGAGGUUCUCUCAUAUCAGCAGUCCUUCCAGGAGGCUGCAGAAUUCGCACGCAGGAUGGUGGAAGGCUACAGGAAACUCUAUCACUCAAACAAUGCUCAGCUUGGUAUGGCCACUAUGAGGGCCGGUGUGACACACUGGCAUGCAGGACUGAUCGAAGCUGCACAUGGCCUGAUCUGUAAAGCCUAUGCAAUCCUCAUGGUCACACACGGACCCCAUCACCCAAUUACUAAAGACUUGGAGGCUAUGCGCUCACAGACUGAGAUGGAGCUGCGCAUGUUUAAGGAGAAUGAACACGUCUACCACAGCAUGCGUGAGGCAGCUUUCAGCAACAAACCCAUGACUGCUAGACUGCUCAAGAGUAAUUAGGUCUUAAAACACAGUGUAACUCAUUUGAUGACACCUAUCGAGUAUCGAGUAUCCGAAUUAAAUGGUGGAUUUACCCGAACCCUUCAGAAGUACUAAUAAAUAACUAAUAACACUAUGAGCAGUGUUAAUGGCAAUGCUAAUGUUGAGGUUCGAUUUGAAGAAAAAUGCCCACUUGGUUGGUAAAUAUCCCUGGAUGUAUCUCUGAUGUGGAAAAUGUUUGUGUAAAUAAACCUUGCAAAGA